AAUUUUGUCGCUAUUACCCAUUUCUUAUAUUAGUUUCUUGAACCAUUCUUGAUUCAAUCAACCCUAACCGAUCGCCUCCGUCAUAAUCCGAUCAACAACCGCUUCAAUUUUGUUGCUAGGAAUCGGAAAUCGAUCGGAAUUUCAUGGAGAACAACAACAGCAACAGAAAUGGGAAAUCAGGGGUGGAAGAAGGUGCAGCCAAACCGACGAACGAACAAGAAGGGAACCCUAAUGUUAACUGUGACGACAAUCAUUUGAUUAUUGAAAGUGAGGAAGAAGAAGAAGAUGAUGAUCAUGAUGAAGAGGGACAGGAGCAUGAACAGGAGGAAGAGGCUCCGCGUCAACCCUCCUCGCGGACUCCUUUUACUAAUCUAGGUCAGGUCGAUGCUGACCUUGCUCUUGCUCGAACUCUCCAGGAGCAGGAAAGGGCAUAUGUGAUGCUCAGGAUGAACGCUGAAGGCAGUGAUUAUGGAAGUUGGGAGACUGGAAGCUAUUUGCAUGAUGAAGAAGACGAUUUUGGGGAUCCCAACGUUGACACAGAUGCAGAUGAAAAUGAGGGUGAGGAUGACGAUGGUACUGAUGUGGAUGAUGAAGGAGAUGCGUUUGAUAUCCAUGCUCAUGAUGAAGCAGGAGAGGGCAACAAUCCCAGUGUUGAGUAUGACCCUGCUGUUUUCUCUAGUGAUGAGGCAUAUGCAAGAGCCAUACAGGAUGCAGAAGAAAGAGAAAUGGCAGCCAGAUUAUUUGCUUUAGCUGGGAUAAAUGACCGAGGAAUAGUGGACAUAGAGUAUCAUGGUGAUAACUCUCAUGUGGAUACCUGGGAGGAUGUUGACCCAGAUGAUCUUUCAUAUGAGGAACUACUUGCAUUGGGUGAAGUUGUUGGAACUGAGAGCAGAGGCCUUUCAGCUGAUACAAUUGCCUCAUUGCCUUCAGUAAACUACAAGGCGGGAACCAGUCAAAAUGGGAGCAAUGAUUCUUGUGUUAUUUGUCGUCUAGAUUAUGAGGAUGGUGACACCUUGACAAUGCUUGCUUGCAACCAUUCCUAUCAUCUUGAGUGCAUAAAUAAUUGGUUGAAAAGAAACAAGGUGUGUCCUCUUUGUAACACUGAGGUCUCCACUUCGGUGCCCAGCAAGUAAAUUUUGGUCUGCUUGUUCAGUAAACCAUAAAGAAGCUGCUUCUAAAGUUUGCAGACUGGUUCUUCCUUGCGGGGAAGCUUCUUAUAUGUAUGCGUUUGUCUCUGUUGAUUCUACAUUAUUGACUUAAAUAAUAUAUACCCAUUUUUAAGUUUGUUUGUUGUCUAGCGUGUGACCUUAAGAAUGAUAGUUCUUUAGGGUAAACUACCCAACUCUAUGGUAACUUUCAAUAUCUCGAAUGUUUAAAAUUUUAAGUUUAGUCCGCUUUAAAGUGUUAGACUUGGAAAGCUAAAGUACAAACUUGUGGCUUCUAGACUAGAGGUUUUGAUUUUAUGCUCCCUUUUUUCUUUUUCUUUUCUUUUGUUUGGCCAUCAUUCGAUAUUAAGCUUUGGAAUUGAUAAUUUUAUUAA